AUGAAAUUAACAAACGAACAGUUAAAAAAAUAUAAAGAGGAUGGUUUUUUAAUUAUUGAAAACUUUUGUUCAGAUGAAGAGAUUGAUAAGGUUACAAAUGAAAUGAAAAAACUUAUUGAUGAAUAUGAUCCUUCUGAAACAAUAUCAAUCUUUACAACAAGUGAACAAGAUAGAAAUACAGAUGAUUAUUUUAUUGGCAGCAGUGAUACUAUUAGAUUUUUCUUUGAAAAGGAUGCCUUGGUAGAUGGCAAAUUAGCAGUACCAAAAGAAAUUGCCUUUAAUAAAGUUGGUCAUGCUCUUCAUAAUUUGAACCCAACCUUUGAAGAAUUUUCAUAUUCUCCAAAAAUCCAUGAUUUAAUUUAUUCACUUGGUUAUAAAAAAGCAUUAUCGGUUCAAUCAAUGUAUAUUUUUAAAAAUCAAAGAAUCGGUGGUGAAGUUAAUAUUCAUCAAGAUAGUACAUUUUUACAUACAACCCCAUUAACCACACAUGCAAUUUGGUUUGCAUUUGAAGAUUCAACAAUCGAAAAUGGUUGUCUUAGAGGUUUAGCUGGUUCACAUAAAGCAGGUAUUACUAAAAGAUUUAUAAAGAAUGAUGAAAAUAAAUUUGUAUUUGUUCAAGAUAGUCCCGAUCCAGUAUGUAAAAAAGAAGAUUUUGUAGCUUUGGAAUGUAAAAAAGGUUCCAUUAUUUUAUUAGACGGUGCAGUUCUCCAUUAUAGCGAACCAAACAAAUCCCAAAAAUCACGUCACGCAUACACUCUCCAUUUUAUUGAAGGCGAAGAUGGUGUCGUUUAUGAGGAAAAUAAUUGGUUACAAUCAUCAAAACCAUUUAGAGCUCUUUAA